AUGACAACCAAGCUCUGCAGUCCCAACGCAGGUUGUGCACUAGCACAAUGUCCACCGCAACCCCAAAGGGACAUGUCAAAUGGGGACGUGGAUGCCUUUGCCUCAUGGGGCACAGUUCCGCCCGUCAUCGACGGCCCUUAUCCCUCCUCACUCAGUGCGUCAGCUGGCCUCAGAGGACAGUCAGAAGUCCACCAGCUGCCACCUGAUGGAGAGCAAGGAUUGUCUGGCCAGAGCGCACGCAGGUCCGAUGAGUCGGCGCCUCCUGAGGAGUCUCGCAUUCCAAUACAAGAGCCAGACUCGCCUUCUGUCAUGACGCCCGUAGGAUCGUGCGUUGACUCGGGCAUAGAGCGAAGUCCAAGGUUGGCUAUUGAUUAUGGAUUGGAGAUUAUUUUGUUAAUUCGAGCUCCAGGGCCUGUCUCAUAUCUCUCGAUAUGCUCAGAGCCAGCGGUCGACUGGGUGUCACAACACAUCGGCGCGCCGGAUUUCAGAGCCCUCGCUAGACGACUCACGACCGAUGUUACGCGCAGCGAGAAAUUAGAACGGACCGUGCAGUCGGAGAGAGCACCUGAACCGGACUUCCAGACAGCGUGGAAAUGGACAACGGCAUUUUUUGAGCAGGGAUUGGAUGCCAUCUUCGGACAUAUCCAUCGCCCUGCAUUCGAACAGCGACUGCGUGCCCAGUUUGAAGGCAAGGCUCCUGGGCCUGAUCAAGAUCCUGCCUGGUAUGCGCUACGACAUACGGUUUACGCGUCGGGGUGUAGGAUUACCUUAUCUCUCGGCGUCUACCCAUCCGCCUUCAUCGAGGCCCGCACACAAGCUUGGCGGUAUUUUGAGAACGCUCUGUCAAUGCAUACCGACUUGAUUUAUGGUCGCAGCGGCGUUACCGCCAUUCAAGCGCUUCUGGUUAUGGCCUUUUUCGCCGAAGCUCUUGGGAGCCCUGCCUUGGAGUACAUGCUGCUGUCGAAUGCAGUACGCCUAGCACAGUCCAAGGGAUUGCAUCUCCAGGCGAAGAGAACCUCGCAACUCAGGGAUGAGGACAUUGCACUGCGAAACGUCAUCUGGUGGAAUCUCUAUAUGUAUGACAAGCAUUUGUCAUAUCGCUCUGGUCGGCCCAGCGCCAUCGAUGACGACGAUAUCAGCUGCCCAGUACCAACUUCCGGACUCCCUGGCCAUCAACUUAACAUCGAGUUCUUUCAGAACACCGUCAAACACGCUCAGAUCUCUUCUCUCAUCUUGAAGCGCUUGUCUACUGUAAAGGCGAUGCAACAGAGUCCGCAAGAGAUGCUGGUAGUUGUCCAGGACCUGGACCAGGAGCUUCAAGCCUGGUACGACUCUCUUGCGCCGUGUUUCAAGAGCUGCCCACCCCACAGUGCGAUGAAUUUACCACCAUCCGUACAGCCGCACCAUAUCGUAUUUACCCGUUUCAUCUACAGCGCGUCGCUCAUUGCGAUGCACACUCUGUUCUGCCAUCCUUGGACCCGGCCAGGAUGUGGGAGCAGCACGAAUCCUCGCAUCAUCGCUCAAAGGCAGCGCAGUACUGAUAUUGUGGCCUCUGCAGCCAGAGAAAUCAUCAUGGCUACCCAAGGCUUGAGCGUCUCGGCAGGAUCACCCGUAUGGUUGGCAUUCUACUUCCCACUCGUUGGAUUGAUCAAUUUGUUCCUCCACGUAAUUCAGCACCCAACUCUAUCAACUGCAAACUCGGACAUAUCUUUGAUGGAUGUCAUCGUCGGUCAUUUUGGCUACAUGGAAUAUGCAACUGGAUCCGAGCUUGUUUUCAAGUUUCCUCGAAAGGUCGUGGCGUACGCGAGGGAAGUCGUCAAGCGAGCCAGGAGAACUUCAGUAACCAAGAAUGCCGAACAGCAACCUCCACACCCAAGCAACAUUGCACUGGCUAGGCCCUCAGAACCCUGUCCUGAUUUCCCUUUACCAGAGGUAUGUCCUGAUGCGCAAAUCUGCUUGUUAGUACCCAACUGA